AUGGAUUCCGAUCAUGAUAUUUAUGAUAUGGAUUCUGAGCCGGAGCAGGAGGAGGAAGAUUUUUUCAGUGAUGAACCAAUUAUCAACUCAGAUAAUGAGAAAGAUUACACAAUAUUGAAGGAUACUGACAUUCAUCAACUCAUCAACGAUGAUAUAUCGAAAACUAUAACGAUUCUUUCGGUUAAAAGAGACGUUGCUUUGGCUCUUCUUCUCCAUUAUAAUUGGAACAUGACUAAAGCUAACGAAGAAUGGUUCGCUAAUAAACUCGAGGUUAGUAAGGCUAUAGGUAUGUUAAUAUUGGAGAAAGAAGAAACUAAGUGUUUGGAUUCUGAUAAUGUCAAUUGCGGGAUCUGUUUUGAUGAAUAUACUGUUGAUAAUAUUGCUUUUGCUGCUUGUAAACAACAUCCUUUUUGUAAAGGAUGUUGGGAAUGUUACAUUAGUACGUCAAUUAAUGAUGGUCCUAAAUGUCUUGUUUUACGUUGUCCUGAUCCAUCUUGUAAUAUGAUGGUAGGUGAAAGUAUGAUUGUUAAGUUAGUAUGUGAGAAAGAUAAAUUGAAGUAUUAUGAUUAUAUGUUUAGAUCUUAUGUUGAAGAAAAUAGGAAGAUUAAGUGGUGUCCUGCUCCUGGAUGUGAAUAUGCAGUGGAAUUUGAAAUUGGAAGUGAAAAUUAUGAUGUGAUUUGUGAUUGUUCUAAUGGUUUUUGUUGGAAUUGCUUGGACGAAAUUCAUCGACCGAUUGAAUGUGACACUAUAGAAAAAUGGAAAACGAGGAAUUUUGAAGAAGCUGUGAAUAUGAAAUGGAUUUUGACUUUCACUAAGAAAUGUCCUCAGUGUAAUAAAUCCAUUCAGAAAAAUAAAGGAUGUAUGCAUAUGACUUGUGUGUGUAACUACGACUUUUGUUGGCUUUGUUUGACAAAAUGGGGCUCUUGUAUUGGUGGAUGUAAUGGUUUUAAGGAAAACAAAGAGGUAAAAGAAGCCAAGAAAAAUAUUCUAAGGUACAUACAUUACUAUGAGAGAUGGGUGUCAAAUGAGAAGUCAAAACAACAAGCUUUAAAGGAUUUAAAUGAGAUGAAAAAUGAAGGAGUGAAAAAGCUAAGUGAAUUACACUCUUUACCUGAGACUCAAUUGGAAUUCAUUAUACAAGCUUGGCAACAAAUUGUUGAAUGUAGAAGAGUCUUGAAAUGGUCUUAUGCUUAUGGAUUUUAUUUACCUGAAGAGGAUAAGGCGAAAACACAAUUUUUCGAGUAUUUGCAAAGGGAGGCAGGGGCAGGUCUAGAGCGACUUCAUCAUUGUGUAGAGCAAGAAUUAUUAGAUCAUCUUAGAUCUACUAAGAAAUUGGAUUAUACUGAGCAAGGGUCUUAUAAGAAUUAUGAACUUUUUCGUUCGAAACUCAUUGGUCUGACUAAAGUUACUGGAAAUUACUUUGACAAGUUGGUUACGGCCUUAGAAAAUGGACUCAUUGAUGUGAAUCCAGAAGAAUACAAGAGAAAAAGGGAAUUACAAAUGAGUAAUAUUGCUGUUGAUGAUUCAGGCUUGUUUUAG